UCGAGUAGUUCUCUUUCGGAUAUCGAAACCCAUAUAAGUUGCAAUUAAGAUCCAAUAUCUCUUAUCAGUGUUCCAAAUAGAGAGUAAAACAAUGAGAAGUUGUUAUCUCCAAUUUCUGCUUCUACUACUUGAACUCUUAUCAUGUAACGCAACGAAACUUGGAUUUAGUUUCGAUUUGCGUAUCAAUUCUGAAGUCAAAUGCAUAGAGGAAGAACGGCAAGCACUCCUCCAAUUCAAACAACAUCUGGUUGAUCCUUCACCACUAUCUUCUUGGAAUAGUGGUGAAGAUUGUUGCAAGUGGGAAGGAAUUAAAUGCAGCAACAAAACAGGUCAUGUUGUUACGCUUGAUCUUCAGGGAAAACAAGUAGAAGGUGAGAUAAGCUCUUCAUUACUUGAAUUGCAGUAUUUGACUCACCUGGACUUAAGUUCCAAUAACUUUUUCGGAAAAUCCUUCCCAAAUUUUGUUGGCUCACUCGCUAAAUUACAACAUCUCGAUCUGUCAUUUACUCAUAUAGUCGGAACCAUUCCACAACAACUAGGAAAUCUCUCGGGAUUAAUUUAUCUUGACCUCAGCUACAAUUUUGAUCUAAUGGAGGCACAUGAUCUUGAUUGGUUAAUUCAUCUUCAAUCUUUAACUCACUUGGACAUGACUUCGGUCAACCUCAGUCAGGUACUCAAUUGGCCCAAUAAGGUUAUGAUGCUCCCUUCUUUGAUAUACUUGAGUCUAAGUGAUUGCGGUCUCUCCACAAUGACUCAUCAGUUGCGUUCCAGCGCUAAUUCAUCGUCUCAACUUCUAUUGCUAAAUCUCUCCUUCAAUCAUCUCAAUUGCUCUAUAUUUCAUUGGUUGUUCAACUCCUCUACAAGCCUUGUUCAUCUUAGCCUCAGUUAUAAUUUGUUGCAAUGCUCCAUUCCAGAAGCUUUUGGUAGCAUAAAUUCUCUUCAAACACUAGAUCUCGGGGGAAAUCAACUUGUUGGCCGCAGCAUUCCCAAAUCUUUUGGGAAUUUAUGUGCCUUAGAAUUAUUUUGUCUUGAGGAUAACAAUCUCAGUGGAAAUCUUUACGAAUUUAUGAGUAAUGUGUCAGGUUGCUUGGUGGACUCCUUGCAGUUUUUUGAAAUAAGCUCCAAUAGAUUCACGGGGCCAUUGCCAGAGAGUAUAGGUAACUUCUCCAAUCUUGUGAAUUUAGGAUUAGGUGGGAAUAAUUUCACGGGGCCAUUGCCUGAGAGUUUUGGUAACUUAUCCAAUUUAGAGAUGUUGAAUGUUUCUGGGAAUUCUCUCACAGGGGUGAUCUCUGAAGCCCAUUUUUCAAAUCUCUUCAAAUUGAAACGUUUAUUUUUAGGAUUGAACUCUUUGAUUUUGAAGUUCAACUAUGAUUGGAUUCCACCAUUCCAACUGAGCGUUAUUAGUUUGAGCUCUUGUAGAUUGGGAUUAGCUUUUCCAAAAUGGCUUCAAAGUCAAAAACAUUAUGCUAUACUUGAGAUUUCUAAUGCUGGAAUUUCUGACAUUAUCCCUGCUUGGUUUUGGGACGUCCCUGUCGAGUUAAUCGAUUUAGAUAUGUCUCACAACCAGUUGCAUGGGAACUUGCCAGACUUGUCAUCAUCCAGAUUUGGUUAUUAUGUUGUUAUAGAUUUAAGCUCCAACCAACUUAAUGGUUCGAUUCCAUGUUUUCCAUCGGAUGUGGCAUCACUUUACCUAUCAAAUAAUAGUUUUUCUGGGAACAUUUCCUUUAUAUGUGAAUUCACUUAUCAAUCCUUGUUCCUUUUAGACCUAUCAAACAAUAAAUUAUCGGGAGAGCUUCCAGAUUGUUGGAUGCAUGUGUAUGGUUUAAUCAAUCUUAAUCUGGCCAACAACAAUUUCUAUGGGAAAAUAUCACACUCAAUGGGCUCCCUAGUCUCUCUUGAGUUUUUACAUUUGAGCAACAAUAGUUUUGUCGGAAAUCUACCAUCGUCCCUUCAGAAUUGCAGUUACUUGACAACCAUUGACAUGGGUGAAAAUAACUUGUCGGGAAUGGUACCUUCAUGGAUAGGUGACAGUUUGCCUCGGUUGACUAUUCUUAGCCUACGAUCGAAUGGAUUUUAUGGAAGCUUGCCUUUAAACCUAUGCCACCUUUCAAAUAUUCAACUCUUGGAUCUUUCUUUAAACAAGAUCGGGGGAACUAUUCCACAGUGCAUCAAAAAUUUGACAUCAAUGUCUCAGAAAUGGAGAGCAAGUCACAAUGGUAUUUAUUCUGUCCAGAGAGCUUAUGCAGACCAUGCACCAUUUGUAUGGAAAGGAAGGAUGGCUAUGUUCGAGAAUUCAUUGGGACUUGUAAAGAUUAUUGAUCUUUCAAGUAAUAAAUUACAUGGAGAAGUUCCUGAAGAAUUAACGAGUCUCACAGAGUUAAUUUCCUUGAAUUUAUCCAGAAACAAUUUCACUGGAUCAAUAACAUUGAAGAUUGGUCUACUUCAAAAUUUACAAUCUCUUGAUUUAUCUAGAAAUCAACUUCGAGGAGAAAUCCCAACGAGCAUUUCUGACAUAAGUUUUCUUAGUUAUUUGGACUUGUCCAAUAACAAUUUAUCUGGCAAAAUCCCAACAGGAACUCAACUUCAAAGCCUCAAUGCUUCUGCCUUUAUGGGAAAUCCUGAAUUAUGUGGUUCUCCACUUCCAAACAAGUGUCCGGAAGAUCUUUAUCCAAUUUGCAAUGACACUAGAACCUGCAAGAAUGUCGACAAUCAGGAAAAUGUUGAUGAUGGGCUCAUAACUCAAGGAUUUUAUGUUGCCAUGGCCCUUGGGUUUGUUGUAGGAUUCUGGGGGGUGUGUUGCUCUUUAUUGCUCAACCUACGGUACAUAACGAUGCGUCUCAUUUCCAAUGCUCGAAUGAUGUUGAGAUAGGCUCUACAUGGCAGCAACUCUAUGUAGACUCAUGUUACAGAGCCGGGUUACAAACUUUAUUUGUAGUUCUUUUUCCAUGCAGUGAGUGAGGCAGCAGGAUCAGAUGCUUCAUCAUUUCAAUAAACUAGCCAGUUGCGGUUUACUACAGCAAGACUUUGUGUUUAUUUUUGUUUACUGGAUUAAUUAGUUGUACUUCUUACUUUUGAUUCAAUAUAUAUUGGAUCGAAAGAAGAUUUUAUCCCUAAAGAAAGAAGAUGAUUGUUGUAUGUUAUAUUCAUUACAAAUUUCAAAUGAAGGUUCUCACUUCUCAGUGAA